GUUCGAUUGAAAAUAGCGUCCCUUUUUUUUGUAAGCACAUUUCUCAAGUAAAAAUCAAAAUAAAUACAUAAAAUAAGAAAAAGUUUUAAAUAAAUUCAUGAAAAUGGACGAGGCAAUGUUGCAAGUGAAGGCAGCAAUACUCGCAGCCACCAGCAAGGAUGUUGAUCUUUUAAACAAAAAGUGGUCGCAAAUGUUUGACGAGGAAUAUUGCCAAGAGUUGAUAUUGAAGUUAGAGGAGCGCGUGCGUAACUUUUAUAUGGACUUAUUGACAGAAUCAGACGAGAAGGAGAAGUGCAUACUCGACGCCAUUGAUGCACUCAAAGUAGAGGCAUCUGAGAUCAAUCGUCUAAUGCACAGGAACGUGGACAUUGGAGAGAGGCCGGAGGAUAUGCCGCUAAUAGUGUGGGAGCAGAAGCUGGACAAGAGCAUUGAGCAUCUGCGAGAGGAACUACAAGCACGUCGCAACGAGAUCUGUGAACUGCUGUUGCAGCAGGAGGAACUGUGCGAGGAGCUGGGGGAACAGCCCCUGCCUUUGCUUGCAGAUCCGUUGCCAAAGCCGCAGGAAAUGUGCGCAUUUGCAGAACAUUUGGAACGGUUGAGGGCGGAGAAGACGCGUCGCAUGGAGGAGCUGUUUAAGUUGCGCAGUGAGAUCAAGGCGGACAUGAAGGUGCUGCAGCUGUUGCCACUGACUGCUGCAGAUGAGCGUCUGUUGAGUCAGGCGAAUCAAUGCCUGACUCCGAAGAUGCUAGAGAAGCUGCGCGUCAUGCGGGCCGAGAUGGCGGCCCAGGUGGUGGAGUUGCACGAGCGCAUCGACGAUAUGCGCGAGAAGGUUGAGGUACUCUGGGAACGUCUGCAGGAGACGGAUGAGGUGACGAUGCAGCGAGUGCGCAAGGCGACUAAGUAUUCGCAGAUAACGUAUGAUGUGCUCAGUGCAGAGCUGCAGCGGUGUCAGAAGCUGCGUCGCCAGAACCUGAAGACGUUCAUUGAGCAGCUGCGCUUAGAGAUCAGCAAGUGGUGGGACUUGACUCUCAAAUCGGAGCAGGAGAGGAAGCGCUUCUCGAACUACUACAACGAUUGGUACAAUGAGGAUCUUUUGGAGUUGCACGAGUUGGAGCUGGAUGAUCUGAAGAGCUUCUAUAAUGACAACAAGGAGAUAUUUGAGUUGUUCGCGAGUCGCGCAGAGAUUUGGACACGCAUGGUGGCCUUGGAGGCCAAGGCAAAUGAGCCGAAUCGGUUCAACAAUCGCGGUGGUCAGCUGCUGAAGGAGGAGCGCGAACGGAAGGCAAUUAGCAGCAAGCUGCCAAAGAUUGAGCAGCAGAUUAGCGAUCUGGUGCAAGCGUACGAGUUGCGAACUCGCUCUCCAUUCCUCGUCCAUGGCGAGAACAUACUGGAGCACAUGGCCAACGAGUGGGUGCGUCUGCGCCAGGCUAAGGAGCAGCAGAGCUCGGCCCGCAAGCAACAGGUGACCAGCACUAAGAUGUUACCUCCUCCAACUCCAGGGGCUGUUGCUUCUCGCACUCCCCUCGGCCACAAGAACAUGUCCGCCUUGUCGGCAUCCACGCAAUCGUUGCGUAAAACUCCGUCCAACUGGAAGCUGGCUUCUAUAACGAAUUCGGCCUCAAAAACCACUGGUAAUCUGCACAAGCGCAAGCUGGCUAAUGGGGAUGCCAACAGCAAGCAGGAGACGCCUACGGCAAAACGGAGCCUGAUGGGAGCGUUGAACACGGUGCAUCAUCGAGCGUCGCCAGCAUUGCGGAAGCCGAGUCAGCGUAUCUUGGCUGCCCAGCAGAAGACAACGAAGUCGCCGCUGAUGAAGGUGCGCGUGAUGGAGCAGACAAUGCGACGCAGCUCGGGAUUGGGCAGGCGCAGCAUGGGGCAUGCCACAAAACAGCACAAGAAAGCUUCUGCAGCCAGUAAAUUGCCAGCCAGAGUUCAGAGCGAGAAAGAGAACGACGAUGCUGAUGAUGAUGACUAUACAACGGAUGAGAGCAGCAAUGUGGCCACAGGUGGUCAUGAGGAUAUUGGCAACUACAAGAUGUUUGCGCCUGCGAUGCGCUCCUCCGAGUUGCCACACGCGCUGCGUGCCCGCAAGCAGCUGCAACUGCCCAGGAGAUGCAACAACAAUGCCACCAACAAGAACAAGCACAAUCUGAAGCUGGCCAAGACGGAGGCAACAAAGCCAGAGAAGCAGAUCGAGGCAGAGAAGCAUCAGUUGCAACUCCCGGAGCCACGACUCAGCCGCAUGUGGCAAGCAAAGUAAGAGGGGAACGAGAGCUGAUUUCAUUUGAGAUUCACUUAAUUUAAAUGAAUUUUUUUGUUCGCUUAAUACGUAAAUGUUGUUGUGAUAUUGAUGUUGUAUUAUUGUAUUAAAUUUGUUGAUAUUACAUUUAUCAAUCACAUAUUAUCUUUCUUGCCCAACAGUUUCAAUUUAAUCCCAACACUAAUGUUGCGUUCAUUUCCCUUUUAAAAUAAGUAUUCACGAUCAGCUCUUAUAGAAAUAAUAAUAUGUUUAAGCAAUUUGUGUUAAGACACAAUGAAUACUAAGCUAGUUUAAGAGAGAUUUAUUGAAAACAAACUUUUUUUAUAUUAUUUUUACUUGAAACUAAAAUCGUAUAAUUUG